GCCUUUGCCGGGCCCGGGAACCCCCCCGGAGGCGGCCGCGGUGGCGGUGGAGGCAGCGGCGGCUGCGGAGCCAUGGGGGCCGACGCGCGGCCUUUGGGGGUCCGCGCUGGCGGUGGCGGCCGGGGCGCGGCGAGGCCCGGGACGAGCUCCCGCGCGCUCCCGCCACCGCUCCCGCCUCUCUCCUUCCUCUUGUUACUGCUGGCGGCGCCUGGCGCUCGGGCCGCGGGAUAUGAGACAUGCCCUAUGGUACAUCCGGACAUGCUCAAUGUGCACCUGGUGGCCCACACACAUGAUGAUGUGGGCUGGCUCAAGACGGUGGACCAGUACUUUUAUGGCAUCCAUAAUGACGUCCAGCACGCAGGUGUGCAGUACAUCCUAGACUCGGUCAUCUCUUCUCUGCUGGUGGAGCCCACCCGCCGAUUCAUCUAUGUGGAGAUUGCCUUCUUCUCCCGUUGGUGGCACCAGCAGACAAAUGCAACACAGGAAGUUGUGCGGGACCUGGUGCGCCAGGGGCGCCUGGAGUUUGCCAACGGUGGCUGGGUGAUGAAUGAUGAGGCGGCCACGCACUAUGGAGCCAUUAUAGACCAGAUGACACUGGGACUGCGCUUCCUGGAAGACACCUUUGGCAAAGAUGGGCGCCCCCGUGUGGCCUGGCACAUUGAUCCCUUCGGUCACUCUCGGGAGCAGGCCUCGCUGUUCGCACAGAUGGGCUUUGAUGGCCUCUUCUUCGGGCGUCUGGAUUAUCAAGAUAAGAGAGUGCGGGAAGAGAACCUAGGGCUGGAGCAGGUUUGGCGGGCUAGCACCAGCCUGAAGCCCCCAGUGGCCGACCUCUUUACCAGUGUGCUCCCCAAUAUUUACAACCCACCUGAGAAACUGUGCUGGGACACGCUGUGUGCCGACAAGCCGUUCGUGGAGGACCAGCGCAGCCCUGAGUACAAUGCCGAGGAGCUGGUCAAUUACUUCCUGCAGUUGGCCACUGCCCAGGGCCAGCAUUUCCGCACCAACCACACUAUAAUGACCAUGGGCUCAGACUUCCAAUAUGAGAAUGCUAACAUGUGGUUCAGGAACCUCGACAGGCUCAUCCAGCUGGUCAAUGCCCAGCAGCAGGCCAACGGGAGCCGCGUCAAUGUUCUCUACUCCACUCCCGCCUGUUACCUCUGGGAGCUGAACAAGGCCAACCUCACCUGGUCUGUGAAACAGGAUGACUUCUUUCCCUACGCCGACGGCCCUCACCAGUUUUGGACUGGCUACUUUUCCAGCCGGCCGGCCCUCAAACGCUACGAGCGCCUCAGCUACAACUUUCUGCAGGUGUGCAACCAGUUGGAGGCGCUGGCGGGUCCGGCGGCCAACGUGGGACCCUACGGCUCGGGAGACAGCGCACCCCUCAAUGAGGCGAUGGCCGUGCUCCAGCACCACGACGCGGUCAGCGGAACCUCCAAGCAGCACGUGGCCGACGACUACGCGCGACAGCUGGCUGCGGGCUGGGACCCCUGCGAGGUUCUUCUGAGCAAUGCGCUGGCGCGGCUCAGCGGCUCCAAGGAGGACUUCACGUACUGCCGAAACCUCAACGUCAGCGUCUGUCCGCUCAGCCAGACAGCGAAGAACUUCCAAGUGACUAUUUAUAACCCCUUGGGGCGGAAAAUAGAUUGGAUGGUGCGGCUGCCAGUCAGCAAACACGGUUUCGUCGUGAGGGACCCGAAUGGCACAGUUGUGCCCAGCGAUGUGGUGAUACUUCCUAGCUCAGACGGUCAGGAACUGCUUUUCCCAGCCUCGGUGCCUGCCCUGGGCUUCAGCAUCUACUCAGUAAGCCAGGUGCCUGGCCAGCGCCCCCACGCCCACAAACCCCAGCCCAGAUCCCAGCGGCCCUGGUCCCGUGUCUUGGCCAUCCAAAAUGAGCACAUCCGGGCUAGGUUUGACCCUGACACAGGGCUCUUGGUGGAGAUGGAGAACCUGGACCAGAACCUCCUGCUACCUGUUCGCCAAGCCUUCUACUGGUACAACGCCAGUGUAGGCAACAACCUAAGCACCCAGGUCUCAGGUGCCUACAUCUUCAGACCCAACCAAGAGAAACCAUUGAUGGUGAGCCGCUGGGCUCAAACGCGCCUGGUGAAGACACCCUUGGUGCAGGAGGUUCACCAGAACUUCUCAGCCUGGUGUUCCCAAGUGGUUCGCUUAUACCGAGGACAGCGGCACCUGGAGCUCGAGUGGACGGUGGGACCAAUCCCUGUGGGUGACGGCUGGGGGAAGGAGAUCAUCAGUCGCUUUGACACCGUGCUGGAGACGAAAGGACUCUUUUACACAGACAGCAAUGGCCGAGAGAUCCUGGAGAGGAGGCGGGAUUAUCGACCCACCUGGAAGCUGAACCAGACUGAGACAGUGGCGGGAAACUACUAUCCAGUCAACAGCCGCAUUUACAUCAGGGAUGGCAACAUGCAGCUGACGGUGCUGACUGACCGCUCCCACGGGGGCAGCAGCCUGAGGGAUGGCUCUAUGGAGCUCAUGGUGCACCGAAGGCUCCUGAAGGAUGACGGACGUGGCGUAGGGGAGGCGUUACUGGAGGACGGGUUGGGGCGGUGGGUGCGAGGGCGCCACCUCGUGCUGCUGGACAAGGUCCGGACCGCGGCCACCGGGCACCGGUUGCAGGCAGAGAAGGAGGUCCUGGCCCCACAGGUGGUGCUGGCCCCGGGUGGCGGCGCCCCCUACCAUCUGAAAGUCGCCCCGCGCAAGCAGUUCUCGGGGCUGCGCCGGGAGCUGCCUCCCUCCGUACACCUGCUCACGCUGGCCCGCUGGGACCAGAAAACGCUGCUGUUGCGCUUGGAGCACCAGUUCGCUGUAGGGGAGGACUCUGGCAACCUGAGCUCCCCCGUGACCUUGGAUUUGACGGACCUCUUCUCCGCCUUCACCAUCACCUACCUGCAGGAGACCACGCUGGUGGCCAACCAGCUCCGGGCCAGCGCCUCCAGGCUCAAGUGGACACCAAACACGGGCCCCACACCCCUGCCCUCUCCCUCUCGGCUGGACCCCGCCACCAUCACGCUGCAGCCCAUGGAAAUCCGUACCUUCCUGGCUUCGGUCCAGUGGGAGGAGCAUGGCUAGACACGCUGGGAGCAGGCGGACUCUCCCCCUCCUCCUCCUGCUGCUUCUGCCACCAACAAAAGCCACUAAAAUGCCACUACCAGGCCUUGGGUCAAGGUG